CAAGAUUCUUAGGCCUCUACUGGGCCUAGCCUACCUUACUACCACGAGAGUUCGCGAGAUCGUUGAGGUAAAUAAACUGAAGUUGGAAUCAUGGCGGCGAAGGGCUCGGCACCUGUGGUGUUAGUUGUGCAAAUUCUUCUUUUUAUGAUUUGGAGCUGUUUAGCGUUUGAGAGUCCCCCUGACCAAGACCAAGUCAAUGACACGUCCUCGGCAACAUCUGGCGAUGAGGCGACAACCCAACAGACAACUCCUGAUGCUCCAGCUGCUGGUGUGACCUCUGACCCACCUGGUGCAGGCCAAGCUGUUGACCCCACAGAUAGUACAGGCUCUUCAAACGAUCCUUUCGCAGACGCCGAUGUGAGACACGAUAAUAACAAGUAUUACACGUCGGACUACAUGAACCCAAAUCAUUUUGAGCACUACUGGACCGAUCUUCAGACGGCCAAGGAACACAAGACCUUGUCAGCAGGACACAGAGUUGCAGCGGUAAUUCCUCUGAAGUUCGACUUCCGCUUUUAUGGUCAUGAGAUAAAGAAUGUUACCGUGGCAACUGGAGGCUUCAUCUACAUGAGUCCUUUUCUACACCAGUGGCUGACAGCAACCCAGUACAUUGCUCCUCUCAUGGCCAACUUUGAUCCCUCUCUCAGUGUCAAUUCCAGCAUCUACUAUGAAAGCUUGGACACACAGUUUACAGUGGAAUGGAAGAAUGUGAUGUUGCAAGACCAACAGUCAAAGGGACAGUUUCAUUUUCAAGCUUCACUGUUCCCGGACAGCAGCAUUCAGUUUGCAUACAAAAGUGUUCCAAGUUUAGUUUCAAGUAUCUCAAAGUCGAAACAUCCAGUGAAGGCCGGUUUAUCUGAUGCCUACUAUAAUGAUACCUACCUGCCACAGUAUGACAUCAAGAGGAGGACCAUCUACGAAUACCACAAGGUGGCCCUUAACCAGACAUUGAUCCGAACUGGCUCUGUCAUAAAAAUCAUUCCAGUCAAAACAUGCAACACGCUAGCUUCCUGUGACACCUGCAGUAGUCACACUGACGUUGUCUUUGACUGCAAGUGGUGUAACAAAAUUGGCCGCUGCUCUGAUGGCAUGGACUGGUACCGCCAGCACUGGAACCUACAAGGCUGCAAAGAAACAAGCACCUCAGAUGUGGAGGAAUGUCCGGAGGUUACAGCAAAAGGCUUUACACCCACCACUGUUGUGCAGCUCCCAAGUGAAUUGACCACUAAGCUCCCCAUAACAGCUGCGCUUCCCACCAAGCUUACAACUGCACAGAAACCUGAACUUACAAGUUGGUUUGCGAGGCCUACAUUUAGGCCACGGCCGAUGAAGACCACAUCUAGGCCACCGACGAUGAAGCCUACAUUUAGGACCACUAUUAAGCCUACCACCAGACGUUCAGCUACAACUAAGCCUCUGACCAAAUUCCCACCAAAACAGAUGACCACAACCAAGACGGAUCCAGGCAGAUUAGACUCAGAUUCAGUCUAUAUGUGUGCUGGCGGCAGAUGCAAAGACGAUGAUAAGAAACAGACGACUGUGAUUGUGGUUCUGGUUGUUGCCUUCAUUCUGGUCCUGGUGGGUGCGGCCGGGGGCUGGGUCUACUACGCCUACACCCACCCGACCUCCCGGUCUGGCAUGUGGCUCAUGGAGCACCGGCCCAGUCAGAUUAAAGCUAAGAUCAAGUUCUGGAAGAGCAGCUCAGCCAGCAGUGCCAAGUACCAGACAGAAACGGAUGCCUGAUCUGGGAAAGAGCUGACGGAUAUAUUUAUGUCAUCAUGGUCGAUCCCAGAUAGGUUUACAUUUAUUUUUAUGUUUUUUUUAAAGAAUUAAGGUUCACCUAACUGUGGUGUGAGACAAAUGCUUGUACUUUGCCCCUGAGAACCUCCCACACAAGGGGAACUAUGUGUUUUUUUAAUAUUUUUUUUUACUUCAAGACUUUGAAGAGGAUGAUGUAUUUUUGAAAAUAAUCCAGAUGUAGUGUGCAGUGGUAUGAUUGCAAGGAUGGUGACUUGUCGCUUAUUGGCAUUCCUGAGAGUGCUCAAGUGAACCCAGUGGACCAGAAUGUGAAGUCUGGGCUUUUGGACGGGUGUCAAAAGAAGAACUGUGAGUUGUUUAGUCUUGAUUGACUUGAACUAUCUGGGAACAUUAGCUAAGGCUGUGAUGAGACCUUAUUUCAAGGAAUCAACUUUUCUAGGGAAUUAGUUAUUUAUGGCUAUGCUGACCCUGAAUUAUUAAGUCUUGGUUAUUUUGUUUUUGACAAAUUUUCCCAGAGAUUUUGCUCAUGAAACUGUUGCCAUUUGCAGAAUGCACUGAGUGUGCAGCUUCAAAAAUGAGCCAAAGUACUUUGAGAAAAAGUGAGUUUGAAAGUAAUAUAUAGGUGGUGUCUCUCACAAAUGCUCUGCUCUAUUAGCUGGAAACAAUAUAUUAGUUUAUGCGAAAGCAAUCUUGAAGGAAAUUGGAGGUUCCUGAAGGAUAGAAAUGUUUCAGUUUGUAAAAAUUAUCAUCAGAAUGAAAUUAUUAAUAGCUCUCACAAUUCAAAAGCUGAGAUCGUGCAGUUUAUUGCUUUUGUGUCACUGUGGACAAUAUCUAGUAUCGAAGAAAAAAAAAGAAAAAAAAAGUGUUUUUAGCAUUUGGAAUACUUUCUCAUAAUCUGGUCUAUGUCAAAGCAGGAUUUUGAUCGAAAAAUAAUCCGAACUGGAGCACAAAUUUGCCCUGCUAAGUAAUGGGUAAUGGACAAAAGAAUCAGUUAAUUACUUUGUUCCUCCCUCAUGAAACUUGGCAACGGCAAACUGCUGAUACAGCUUGCUAGCUGUAUACAUAACAUUUUUGUAUAUCUCCCUUGGGUUGGAGAAGGAGGAUGUUUAAACUACCCACCCUCUCACAAAUGCGCAGCUAACUUCAAUGAGCAUUAUUGUCAAAAACUGGACAACACAGGCCAAGAGUAUUUGCAUUUUGUUCCAUGUGAGAGGAUUUAUUGUUUAAAACUUUUUAAAAAUACUAUCAUCUCUUAAUUUAGUUUGAGUAAUAUUUCAGUGUAUCAACAAUAUAAUUUUUUUUCUUGAUGAUGUUAAUCUCUUUCUGAGUUGAGUCUUUUGUCCCUGUUAGUUUUAUUUAGUAAUGAUCACAAACAUCAUCUUUGUUGUUGAGAGCUCUUCAAAGCUUAUCUAUUCUUCUUCAGACUCUGUAGAGAAGAGUUCUCUAAACAACACCCCCCCCCCCCCCCUCCUGUUUUAGUAAAUAUAGUGUUGAAAAUAGAGCCAAAGUCUAUGUCUGCCCUUUUAUUUUUACUAGCAGCAGAAAGCGGACUUCUUGGCGCUGAGGAUGAUGUAUGCUCCACAGACGUAUUAUGUUUCUGAUAAGCUGAUGUCACUUCACACCUUUUUAUAGAAUAGUUUGGAUGGGUCAGAUCAGUUAUGACAAAGUUUGUUUUGGUCUGUAGACUAACAGAAGUUUCCCGAUGAUGUUCCAUAGAUAAGGGUCAGCAGCACAGAAUGGAAGAUUGUUAUGGCAUGUGGCAGCCUGAGACGCUCAUCAAAUAAUCCAUAAUAAUGUUACGUUUCUUAUGAUGUAUGAUAUCAUGUUGGACGACUGUUUGUCUGAAUGACAUUUUUUUUUUUCCACUUUAUUUCAUACAAUUAUUGUCUGAGGAAAGGUCAUUCCAGUGCUGCCUCGCAACACCUUCUCCGAUUUAUAAGAAGGGAAAAUUACAGAUGAAAACAACAAUGAAAAAGCCAUCAGCUUUGGACUGGAAAUUCUUUAGGAAGUUUAAGACUGUUUAACUUGUGAACAAGGAGAAGGAUAAUUCUGUCACUGCAGCUUUGCAGUCUCCAAUAUUUUUUAAAGUGGCCAUUACAAUCUCUGCGUGACACCUGUGUAUGGAGAGAAACACCUGGAGAAGUAUUCAGUUACUCAUACAGGCGAGCACAUUCAUACGUUUGCUUGUACAAAGCCUCGUACACUUGCUCAUGUAUGCUGGCAUAUUCUUAGUGGCUACCUUAAUAUGUUGUGAUUCAUUAAUUUAAUCAGCAAAAUGUGAAAGAUAUUGUUCAGACUCUCCAAUUCUCCUCGACCGAGUAACAUUUUUAAGCCAGAUGUUUUUGGGGGUUCACUUUAUUUUCAUACUCAUGAUAUGUCCGAGAAAACCCAUAGAAGUAAGGAAGCUUGCAGGCACUGUUCUUUGGCUGUGAUAAUGCGUAAUGCAUUAGAUGUUGUGUUUCUCAGGUGUAAUCUGGCCAAAAUAGAAGUCUGUAAACUGCUAUCCCUUCAGCCUGUGUAACCACUGUCUGCUGAAGUCUUAGGUCUAACUUAGACUUUGCAGAGGCAUUAGUGAAUAUCUCUCAGAAGACACAUCAGGAGGCUGCUUUAUGCAUCGCCUGCGCUCAAUAUUUGGAUAUCACUUGUGUUAUUCAUGUGGGCUGGACAUGGCUUUCAUGAUGCAUUAUGCUGAACUCUGAAGGUCUAACUAGGUCUGUGGGGCACUGGACUGGUUUCAUUCUCAUGUAGAAAGGAUGUAUUACUGCAUGGGUUCAGAAAGGUAAUUGCCCUGUUCAGGUCUAGAAUAAACAGUUUUCAUCUCAACUAGCUUAAACAGUUGGGAUAAAGACAUGCUUUUCUGUACAUUCUCUCUGAUUAUCAGCUUUCUGUCAUUGUUUCAUUUGUUACUCAGAGAUCUGUUAAAAGAAUGCAGAGUCUCCCUUUGAGAAUCUGGAAUAUAAUCUCAUUUACUAACAACAAAAACAUGCUGUUGCUUUUAGAUGUCCCUUUUUGUGUGUAUUUUCCAUACAUAAACUACAGUAAUUCUUGUGAAAUUUGUUCUGUUUAAUUUGAAAGCUUGUGAAGGGGCUUAUUCAAAUCAUUAAAGAGGUAUUGUGGGUUUUGGAACUAAACAUUGACGAUGUAGACAAAGGUCCACCCAUUUCAAUGAGACCAUAGAAAACUCACUCCAUAACUUGCUGCGAUAGGAAAAGUUUUUUUUAAAAACCAUAAAUCAUUUCUAACCUGUAUGGAAUUGCUGUGAAAAAGAUGAUUCCCAUAUUUUUCUGUUGUCUUCUCAUAGGCCAAAUGAAACGCAGAAAUUGGUUUUGAUAUAAUAAGAAGGUGCAGGAAAUAAUUGUGAAGACUGAGGGGGCACCAUUACCUGGUGGCUGGAACAAAAACUUGUUUGUAACUGAAAUGUUGAUCCUGAUGUGGUCUUAAAUCUAAAUGUAAUGCCAUGUCUCUUUGUAAAAGGACUGGACCUCUGUCAGUGAAGUGGUGUGUGGUCUCUAGCAAGCAGUGAAAACAGGCACAGACACCAUUCCUGAUCUCAUGCACUGACACAAGGUUUUUCUUAUUCUCAUCAAAAGGUCAAAACUGUUAACUUUGCCUGUUAUCUUCACCUUCGUGGCUGAACAGAAAAAGAUUAUAUAGUUUUCAACAUUCUCUUAGUUAUUGAACUAUUUUUUUAUCGACAUGUUUUUAUAGGUCUGAUUAAUUGACAGUACUUACCCUGAAUUAAUUUUUCCCUGUGUGUUUCCUUGUUUCUUCUAUCACAUUUACAUUAAGAAUCUCACAGAUCUGAAUUUACAUUGGAAGAAUUCUCACAUUAUAAAAUUUCUGCGAUAUUUUAAAAAAGUUUUGGGCCAGAAACAAAGACUUUUAUCCCUUAUGUGCUUUCUGUUUGUAAAUAAAUACUCUUUCCUUCUGCGAACUCAUUUUUAUCUUCGAUCAGAUAUACAUACAUAGAAAUAAACUCUCUGUUUCAAGGGGUCAGAAUGAGGAUUUGGUUUUAGAAAUCAGAAUGAAAAAUGCUAACAUGUUCAAUAAUUUUUCAGUUUUGUAUUUUGAUAUUUACUGAAGCAGUUACGAAACGUUAAUAGACAGGUAUUCCUCUGCUUUGUAAAAUGACUAAUGGUACAUUUUUAUUUCCAUGGUUAUAUUUUGUUGAUAAAAAAUGAUUUUUUGUUGUUGUUUCUUCUUUACAUAUCAGUUUAGAGUUUUUAGUGGUGCCUGAAUAGGUGGAAAAUAUGAUUCACAUAUAUGCUCUAAGCAGCAUUGUACAGGGUUUCUUAAAAGAUGUUUGAUCGAAGUUUUAUCUAUUCAACUAUUUUUCUUCAUGCUAUUCGAAUGUUUUUAGACCAUGGUCUACAGAUGUACAUUAUGUUGUUUUCCAAUGUGUCGUUAUGAUGCCGCAGUAACAAGCAUAAUGAAUGGUCUGUCUCCUGCGGGAUGCCAUGAGACUGUGGACAAAACUAUGAAAUUGCUCCUUCUUUUCUGUGCUGUCCUUUGUGCUUCAGCUCAGCAUCAUGCCUCUGCAAGCAGAACUGAUGUAGAACGUGUUCAGAUAUGGCACAACAACCGAUGUGUAACCAGUUAAGAUAUUACUUUGCUUGACUUUGCGUCACGAUGACUUUGCUAGAAUUGCGCGUCACGUGUGGCAAGAUUGACGCAAAGCGUGUCCAAACAUGGCAGAACUAAUCUUGUUGUGUAGCUUGCGGAGAUGUGCAGCUGGCCUGAUGUGCAGCUGGCCUGAUGUGCAGGGUGUUUCUCACACAACGUGCAGAAUGUCACUUGCUGUUCAGCAAUGGACUUGAAUACCCUUGUGUGUCCAUUCUGUGUGUAAUGUGUCAAAUCUUGCCUUUCUCUGUCACAAUGUCGUACUUCUUUGCUUUUAGCAGAUUCUAUUUUUUAUAUAUAACAUGGGCAGGUCAAUUCUUUCACAAGACUGUUAUGAUAAUUAAAUGACUUUUUUUGUUUGUGUGAUAUUGACAAUAUCAAGCUUUAAUACUUUUUCUAUCUUUUUCUGUUGAGCCUUCUAGGCCAUUUUUAUCCUGUCAUAAACAUGUUUACUAUAUCGAGUUUGUUCUGUCUUCAUGUUUUUAAUGUUGAGUACUGGAGAUCUGGAACUGAUUUUCAAAUUGGAAAAUACACUGUAAUAAGGGUAGAGAUGAGAAGCUAGAUCUGUCUUUUUUUGUAUAUACUGAAAGAUAAACAGCUUGGUUUUUUGCUAAGGGAUAUGUAUAUAAAACUAUUUGUUUUAUAUAUAUGCAUAUAUAUACAUACUGAUGAUUCUGGUGAUCUGAGGUGUCUUUGCCUUUGACAGACCUCUUAGUUUUGAAUUUGAAAUGCUAAGCUCAGAUUUGUUUUACCAAGUUGAAAAAACUUGCACAACUUCAAAUUAGUUUCUGCUCAGCAGUUAGGAUUUAAUACCAUCUAUAGAUUUUUAGAAUUCUCAAUUGUUUCAGAAUUGUUUUUUUCAGUGAUAUUGUUUUUGUUCAACAUCAAACUUGAAUGGCCUUAUAAGGUCAAUUUGGUAGAAAUCAUAAACCACACCAAAAAAAUCACAGAAAGGCGUGCUACUUUAAAAUUCUUACUGUAAAUGCUUUGGUCACUCUGGUACAGUUUUUUCUUUUUAAAUAUUGUAAAGUACCAAGUGAACAGCUUUUCCUUUCAUACACAAAUGUUGUUAUCAUUGUUGUGAAAAGGAGUCAUGGAAGUCAUCUUUGAGGAGUCAAAGGAUCUGAGCUUGGCAUGUUUUGUAGCUUGGAGUGUCCCAGCUGUUAACUGUGACACGUCCUAAUGUUUCAUGCAAUGGUCUGUGUGAAGUGUGUACUUUAUGGAGUAUCAUAUCUUUUGCUGAGUUAUUUUUUUAUCAUAUCACUCACAUGUUUCCAUAGAAUAUAUUAUUUACCAUUCAUGUUUCUGGUUAAAAGAAUUUUGAAAGUUGAAUAAGUAACGUGUCACAUUUUGUGCACUGCGUGGUUUCGUUGCUCACAUCAAUGACGUAGAGACCAGCCUAUCAGCUCUUGUACGCUGCUAAUAUCAGCUUUGUCCAGUGGCUUUUGCUUGUUUUUGUUCCCCUCGUCUUAAGUCAAAACUUAAUUGUUAACUUCUCAAGGGAGGGAAGUAGUGCUUGGGCAAUCUACUCUCUCUUUGUCUACUGCUCAGGUAAAGCUGUAUCAUGCGUACUGAUUUAAAAUCGUCUGUCAAAAAGAGAAAAGGCCAUACAAUUGUUUACAACAAAACACUUUCAAUUUGCAAAAUUCUCUCAGAGCAUUAUGAUGGUUGGUGGAUGCAGUUUGUAUUUGAACUUUCUCUUCCCUUCAGCUUUUAAAUUUUCUUCCUCUUGUUUGAGGAUAUUAUUGUGUCAUUUGGAUUAGAAAAAAAUUCAAGCUGUGGAGUAAAAGUUUCUGUCUUUUGAGCUGUAUGCACAUAAGAACAUGGGAAUUGUCCCAUAUAACACUUUUUUACCCCAUCUUCUGGAUCAGGCGCGGUUUUUUUUUUUUUAAAGACAACUGAAAUGUGAUCAUAGCCCAGACGGAGAGCACACAUUGUUCAUCACAUUAAAAGUUUUCUAUCCCCUUUCCUUUACACCUCUCUUCCCUCUCUCUCCUUCCCCUUUCUUUCUCUCUCUUUCUCUCAAAAUUAACAUGCACUUUCUUUGAAUCUCUUAUAAAAGGGUGGUUAAAGGAUCUGAUAGGGCGUUAUUUAUUAUGCAAACCACUGGACUUGCAUAGAAUGACUGCAAGAACUGCAGACUUAUCUACUUUUGCAAUAACUAAUACAUUCCAAAUGCUUUACAUAUUUCUGUACAUGAACCAUGUAUUUAUCGAUAUGAGUAUACCAUAAAAAGUGGUUUCAAAGAAAUGUACAGUAUUUUCUGCUUCUGUUGCUCACACUGAAUUCAUCUGAUUUUCAAGGAACGUUCUGGUGUGUACAUGAAAUUUUACCUUUUACUUGAAGGCUGAAGUUUGUAUUUCAAUUACGUUAUUCUUUCUUUGUUUAAAAAUUUACUUUUAGAAAGCUCUCAAAAAAGUUUAAGCCUUUCAUACCUUGUUUAUGUUUAAUGAAUAAUGUUCUAACGUAAUGUUCUUUGUACUAAAUAUUCCAACAAUAGAAAAGGGUUAGAAUUUUAAGAGACUCCAUUGUUUACUUUUACGCUUUUGUGUUUAUUUUUUAAAAUUUUAAUUAUGGUUUGUUUUGAAUAUAGCAAUGCGUUUUGAAAUAAAUUAUCCUUGAAAAGCCA